UUCGUAACGGUUCAUUCCAUUCGGUUGCUCCUUGGAGCUUACAAGCAGUGCAGUGUUUUGACGUGGUUAGUGCCCAUACUGUUGCAUUCGCGGUUCCGGCAAAUAACCCAUGAUGCGGUAGUGUUUUAGAGAUCUCAAGUGCUGCGUGAAACCUUUAACCUUUGGAGAGUGAGAAGCUGUUGAAGUACGAAGAAAUUGGGUUCGAUUUUAGUGAUUUCUGAAAUUAGGGAGGAUCCCUCACGAGCUAGCUGAAGCGUGGAUAACUUGGCCCCACUUUGGGCAGAUCCCGCAGCACACCAACACAAACAGAUCGAUCCAAAAUAGCUACCACGGCGGCAGCAUGAUGCGCCGGUGGCAUCCGAACUGGUCGGGUGUGCUCCUGCUGUUAUUCUCCUUUCCAUCGCUUCUGACGUGGGCCCAACAGCAGCAAAAUCCCAACGAUGUGUCACGAAGCAACCCCCUCGAUCCGUUCAAUCGACAACGUUACAGUCCUACCUCAAGUAACCAGCAACCUCAGUUCAAUCCAGCAACGAACAACGAUGCACGAAAUCCAAACUACGGGGGCCGUGAUUUUUACGGCACCGACACCAACAGCAUCGACAAUCGGUUCGAUCCCAGCCGAGGCGACCGCGAUCGGGAUGUAUUGUUCCAAUCAACUACUCCACGAGAUUUCUCGGCAAAUCGAUAUGGGACGACACCUCGACAAAGGAUUUUCAAUCCACAAAGCAAUCGAAACUCUUUCCUCGAUUCAUCGAACAGUCCUUUGGGUAAAGAGAUAACGUACUUUGUGGUAGCAUCCCGGAUGGUUCGACCCGGUCAAAUCUACAAAGUGUCAGUGAAUUUGCUACAAGCGCAGCAUCAUAUGGCCGUGCGAGCCAGUAUCUCCCGCGAUGGCGUUGAAUUGAGUAGUGAACUUAAGGCGGUGCGUGUCGGAGUCCCGGAGACACUUCUGAUGCGAAUCCCUCCAACUAGCGUGCUUGGCGAUUACAAACUUCGGGUGGAAGGUUCCUAUGAGAAUACGUUUGGUGGAUACAUUUUUGUAAACGAAACACGAUUAACUUUCUCGCAACGAUCAAUGACGAUCUUCGUACAGACGGACAAGCCGGUUUACAUGCAAGGCGAAAUGGUGCGCUUCAGAACGAUUCCGAUUACUACCGAGUUGAGAGGUUUUGAUAAUGCUGUGGAUGUGUACAUGCUGGAUCCUACUGGGCACAUCAUGCGCCGUUGGUUAUCCAGGCAAUCCAAUCUGGGAUCCGUCAGCUUGGAGUACAAACUUUCCGAUCAACCAAUGUACGGAGAAUGGAAAAUUCGUGUCAUCGCUCAAGGUCAAGUCGAAGAAGCUAAGUUCACUGUGGAAGAAUAUUAUCAGACGAGGUUUGAAGUGAACGUAACAAUGCCAGCUUUCUUCUUCCAAACGGAUCCAUUCAUUUACGGGAAAGUCAUGGCGAAUUUCACCAAUGGUACUCCAACAAGAGGCAACUUAACCCUCAAGGCCACGAUUCGUCCUAUUGGGUGGAUGAACCCCAAGGCUAUCAAUCACGUGAACAGAGUGUGGAAUACCGGAAAUCGCCGAGAACUCGAUCCCAACAUCCCAUACUACCUGCAAAAUACAAAUCCUGAUCUGUAUAACGCCCAGUCAACAUUUACAAGCCAGUUGAACCCACAAGACCCUCAGUAUCAAGAUCAACAACGGUAUCAAUCGAACUAUCAGGACAGCUACGUAGUGGAACGACAUUUUAAUUUUGAUGAAGAAUGGCCCUUCUGGAUCAAGAAACCGAUCGACUCCGCCGAACAGUGGGACUCUUGGACUAAUACCUACAGGGAAUCCUUACCAUAUCUAAGAUAUUUCAACGGCACAUAUCACUUCAAAUUUCCAAUGGCCGAGCUCUCCCAACUAUUCCAGAACAAUCUCGCAGGAAUGGAAGUGUUGAUUACAGCCCGUGUCGGUGAGCGAUUCUACGACGAGAUCAUCGAAGGUUACGCCAUGGCUCGUAUUUAUAAUUCUUCCAUCCGAGUUGCAUUCAUGGGUAACUCUCCGCAAGUAUUCAAACCUUCGAUGCCGUUCACUAUUUACCUCAUCGCGGAAUAUUUCGAUGGAUCAGCAUUGCCCAUCGAUCCUUUAUACCCUGGUCGAAUGGAAAUCUCAGGCACAAUCGAUAGCCGUAGCGGUGGAGGACGGAACUCAUACGAAGUCAAAGAAUUGCAAAUGUCCGACAAGCCUGGAGUAUGGGAGUUGAAGAUCGACCUGAGGAACGAUCUGAACCUUGAGAACAGCAAGCAGACAAACGAGUUCCUGAAUCAGAUUCAAUCGAUGAGACUUUCGGCAAACUACAUCCACCCCUCUGGCGAACGUGCCAGUGCUGAUCUACUGUUGCUGUCGCAUUUCUCUCCUAACAACCACAACAUCAAGGUUCAAACAAGCACCAGGGACGCAAAAGUAGGGGAGUACAUGAUAUUCCACGUGCAGAGCAAUUUCUACGUAAAGGACUUCCACUACAUUGUGAUGUCCAAGGGUAUUGUGCUGGUAACCGGUCAGGAAAUCAUGUCCGGAGGUGUACGAACAAUGUCGAUUACUUUGAGCGCGGAAAUGGCCCCGUCGGCAACGAUCGUUGUUUGGCAUAUCGGACGGUACGGUAAAGUCAUUGCGGACAGUUUAACUUUCCCGGUGAAUGGAAUUUCCCGAAACAAUUUCACAGUGUUCAUCAACAAUCGAAAGGCUAGGACAGGCGAGAAGGUUGAAGUCGCUAUAUACGGAGAGGCUGGUUCGUAUGUGGGCUUAUCCGGUAUUGACAACGCAUUCUAUACUAUGCAAGCGGGUAAUGAACUUACGUACGCGAACGUGAUCACAAAAAUGGCAAACUUUGGCGAACAGUCGAAUGGAACCUUCAAGCAAACGUGGAUUUCGCACGAAGGAAAUCCGGAUGAGCUUGUUUACUAUCCAAGCUCCACAUUUGGAGUGGAUGCGAACCGUACAUUCGAAUAUGUUGGGCUGGUUGUGUUUACGGAUGGAGUAAUUCCUAGAAGACCGAUGAGUUGCGAUCCAGCCAUGAAUUACAGCGAAUGCUUGAGUGGUAGAUGCUACAGAACCGAUAAACGAUGCGAUGGAUAUCUCGAUUGCGAAGAUGGAACGGAUGAAGCAGGGUGUGAUAAUAGAAAUACCACUGCAUUGAGCGAGUUCCGAAAGUAUCGGUUCAACAGGAUCCAAAGGCACUACCAGAAUGUUUGGUUAUGGAAGGAUAUCAACAUUGGCCCCCACGGAAGGUAUAUUUUCAACCUGGAAGUGCCCAAAAUUCCAGCUCUGUGGUUUGUUUCCGCUUUUGGUGUGAGCAUAAGUAAAGGAUUCGGUAUGCUGCGAAAGCCUCUGGAAUACGUUGGAGUGCAACCCUUCUUUAUCAAUUUGGAAAGCCCAAGUACUUGCAGGCAAGGAGAACAGGUUGGAAUUCGCGUUGCCGUGUUCAAUUAUCAAACAGUGGAUAUUGAAGUAACCGUAGUGCUGCAUAGUUCUCCUGACUAUCAAUUUGUGCACGUGGAAGAAAAUGGAAUUGUUCGGUCAUACAAUCCACGGACAUCAUUUGGUGAACAUCAGUUCUACAUUUACAUCUACGCACAAGAUUCGUCCAAUGUAUACAUUCCAAUUGUUCCGACGCGCCUGGGCGAAAUUGAAGUUACGAUCCACGCAUCCACGCUUCUCGGUGCAUUCCAAGUCAGUCGAAAGAUCAAUGUGGAACCGGAUGGCCUCGUCCAACACCGACAUCAAUCUACACUGCUGGAUCUCAGUAACAGGGCUUACUUCUUCCAAUACAUGCAUGUCAACGUUACUGAAACUCCCAUCAUCCCGUACGAAAUUGAACGUUACUACGUAUUCGGCUCCAAUAGGGCUCGUAUCUCGGUCGUUGGUGACGUCGUCGGUGCCAUUUUCCCCACCAUGCCAAUCAACGCAACAUCCAUGUUAGCCCUGCCUAUGGAUUCAGCCGAACAGAACAUGUUCAGCUUUGCUGCCAAUUUCUACACCAUCCAAUACAUGCGCGCUAUCAAACAGCGUAACAAAAAGACGGAGAAACUCGCUUUCCACUACAUGAAUAUCGGAUACCAAAAACAGCUGAGCUACCUCAACGUAGAUGGAUCAUUCUCUCUGUUCCGUGCGGAUUGGAACCAAUCUGCCUCAUCCGUAUGGUUGACCGCUUAUUGCGCAAGAAUCUUCUCGGAAGCGUCCUUCUACGAAUACGAAAACUUCAUCUACAUCGAUCCACUGGUAAUCCAGAAGAACAUCCACUACGUUCUACAGCAUCAAAAGGUUGACGGUUCCUUCUGGGAAGUCACGUGGCUGCCGGAUCGUAAGGUUAACCAGUCUUCCGAGAAUCCCCAUAAUGAAAUCAUUCGCACUAAAAACAUCACAUUGACCGCCCACGUUUUGAUUAUGCUCGUUUCGGCCAAAGACCUUUCAGGGAAAUUGGGGUCGAGUGUAGCCCUAGCGGAACAACGUGCAUCGCGAUACAUUGAACGCAACAUCGGAUUGAUCAAAGACUACGGAUCGCCAUAUGAAAUAGCGGUAGUGAGUUACGCUUUGGCCCAAGCAAAGACACCGCAAGCUGAGCAUGCUUUCAAAAUGCUCGCCAGCAAAAUGAGAUCAAUAGCGGAUCUUAACUAUUGGGGUAACGACGAGGUUCCGCAACCGCCCAGUAAAUUGGAAAACCAAAAGUACUUCAACCUGCCACGUCUGCCCUACAAAUAUGAUUCGCUUAAUAUUGAAACGACCGCGUAUGCGUUGCUCACGUACGUCUCGCGUCAGGAAAUUUUCACCGUCGAACCGAUCGUCCGCUGGCUGAACACUCAACGUCUGAGGGACGGAGGUUGGGCUUCCAGUCAGGACACCGGCAUUGCCAUGAAAGCUCUUACGGAGUACAGCACCCGAAACCGUAUAGCCGACGUUACUUCGCUAACGGUCACUGUGGAGGCCACGUCUCUUCCCGGGCAAUCGAAGGUUCUGCACAUCGGGAAGCAUAAUUUGGCCAAGAUUCAGGAUAUUGAAAUUCCAAAUGCAUGGGGUACCGUAAAAGUGCAAGCCAAGGGUAUUGGAUAUGCCAUCUUACAAAUGCACGUGGAGUAUUCGGUUGAUUCGUUUAAGUACCAGACAAUGCCUCCGGUGAAAUCGUUCGAUUUAACUACGCGUACCGUGUUCCAUGGAAGGAAUCAGUCUCACAUCAGUUAUGUGAUUUGCCAACGAUGGACCAACACUAAGGAGUCGAUUCGUUCCGGUAUGGCAGUUUUGGACGUGGCCGUUCCUACUGGGUACAUGAUCCAGCAGCAAAAACUUGACAAGUACAUCAUCAGCAGACGAGUACGAAAUCUUCAACGAGCACGUUACCAAGAGAGAAAAGUGUUGUUCUACUUUGAUUAUUUGGACAGCGAUUUUGUAUGCGUGAACUUUACACUCGAGCGCUGGAUGCCGGUAGCUAACAUGUCCCGAUAUCUGCCUAUCAGAGUAUACGAUUACUAUGCUCCAGAACGCUUCAACGAAACCAUAUUCGACUCGCUUCAAACAUAUUUGCUGAACAUUUGCGAAGUGUGCGGUAGCUCGCAAUGUCCGUAUUGUAGAAUUUACAAUACUGCGAUUCGUAAUCCGGUCUCAGUACUGCUUCUGUUCAUCACGAGUGCACUCGUCGUAGCCCGCCACUAUCGAAUAGUGAAUCCGAAUAGUUGGAUCUUUUGGAAUGAUUAGAAUGGAACUUCGAGUAAGCACCAUCCCCUCAUCAAAAACGAAGAGCAGUGAGAGUGACCGAUAAGCAGGCUUCUGUGUACAUAAUCCCAAUUUAUGUAAAAGCUAGAAUCUCUGUUUUUAUAACGGACAAUUUGCAACUACGAAUUAGUUAUUGAUGUCUGUUUUUGUACGAAACAUUUUCAAGUAUGUUCGGUUUAGCAUGGCCAAGACAUCAUUCACAAAUCGUACCGUGUGCAGCUUGUGUCAUGUUCAUUUUCCGUCGAUUCCAUCCAAGGUAUUUGUGUAUAAUUAACAGGUCUUCUAUCGUCCUUAGAAUGUAUUAAUGCGAUAUACAUAGGAGAAAAUCAGUAAGAAAGCAAUGCCGUUUAGUUUAGAAGAGAAACGUAAAUUUCUCAAGUGUUCGAUUCGUCAAAUUAGUACUAGGAAUCUGAUGAAGCAACAGUUAUUGUUUUUUUAUUUUGAUUAUUUUUAGAUUGUAUGUAGCGCGAAUUUUAUUCGUUAUUUAGCUCUAUAGCAUUUAAUAUCUCAUGCAAACAGAAAUCUUCAGGCCGUCCAAAUUUUCUGGUCAUAACAUUUUUUUAUAAUUUUUAAGAACUUUAGUUUUAAUUUUACUCAUAAAUGGAAACACCACAAUUAACUUAAAACUGGAAUGAAAUGGCAAUUCAAUGAUUUUUUAUGUUAAAACGUCCAAUAAAGUGAACGUCGUACUAUUAGUAGUACCUACUAAACUUAUAUAAUUGUGGUUCAACCAUUCAGUGUUGAUCAUAAUCACAGAUCUAGGCAAACGAUAACAGAUGAUACAAACUUAUUAGGUGCCUUAAAUGCAAGCGAAAUGGAAACAACUAUCUCAGCGGAAUGAAAACACCAUUGCGUGGGAAAGAGAUAGAGUACGAAGGACAAAAUAAAGAUCUGAAAAAAUAAUAUUUCAAAAUGAAAAGAGUAAUGACAAAAGUUAAAGCAACAGCAACAAGAUGCUGCGCUAAACUACAUUUUUAAAUAAAUUUAUUGAAAACUA